UGCAUGGCCAGGUAGCUAAACACACCCAGCCCAUCCUACAUUGGGAGGCAAAGUUCUCCUGGCAACCCCUCAGGCCCCAAGCUGACUUUCUUUGGACACCUGCAUGUGGAUGCUUGAGGAGAAGAGAGAAAAUAUGCUUUUGGAGCUUCAAGAGGAACUGAAGCUGGUAGUUCUGGGAUUUUAAAAAGAGCCACUCUGGCUCUGCUGUUGGGCCUUGAAAAGCCACUGCUAUUCCUGUGAUCUCAGAGGAGUGGGAAAGAGGGAGUUCUUUCAGGCAGAUGAGCAAAGCCUUUGAUGGUAGGUGAGGUGCAAGUGCAGCUCUGCCAUUGCUCUCUUGCUUUGUCAUUUCAGGAGCACAGCUGUGAGAUGGUCCCACGUUGCUGGCAGUGCUGGGCCAGCCCCCCUCCUCUCGUGCAGAAAAUCCUUCCAUGUCCUGGCUGCCUCUCUCUAAACAGCGGCGUGGCCAUCGCCCAUGAGAACCCACCAGCGCCCCUCUGGGACAGGAUCCAAGCAGAGAGGACUCCCAUGGGGCUGGCACAGUGUCUGACAGCUGCCUUCCUCUUCCUCUUCCUCCUGGGUCUGACCAGUGCCCAGCGGCUGGUGACGGUGCAGGAGGGCCCUCUCUACCGCGUCAGGGGCUCCCACAUCACGCUGUGGUGCAAGGUGAGCGGCUACCAGGGCCCGGCGGAGCAGAACUUCCAGUGGUCCAUCUACCUGCCCUCGGCCCCCGAGCGGGAGGUGCAGAUCGUCAGCACCAUGGACCCCUCGUUCCCCUACGCCAUCUACACGCAGCGCGUGCGCGGCCGCGGCAUCUUCGUGGAGCGGCUGCAGGGCGACGCCGUGCUGCUGCACAUCACCGAGCUGCAGGAGCGCGACGCCGGCCAGUACGAGUGCCACACGCCCAACACCGACAAGAGGUACUUCGGCAGCUACAGCGCCAAGACCAACCUCACAGUGAUUCCAGACACCCUCUCGGCUUCCAUGGCACCCCAGGCCCUCAGUCACAUGGAAGGGGAUGUGGUGGAGCUGACCUGUGAGGUGUCCAAGGCCACUGCCCAGCACACCCAUCUCUCCGUUGGCUGGUACCUUCUUCAGGGAGCAGGAGAGCAGCCUGCCAAGGAGAUCCUUACCCUCUCCAAGGACUUCAUCCUGAAGCCAGGGCCCUCUUAUGAGCAGAGGUUCCUGGAGGGGGAUGUGCAGCUGAACAAGGUUGGGAACAGCACGUACAAGCUCGUCAUCAGGGGAGUGAAGCCAUCUGAGCAGGGGCAGCUGUACUGUGAGGCAGCCGAGUGGAUUGAGGAUCCUGACAAGACGUGGAAGGACAUCUCCCGCCACCAAACUCAGAGGACUUGGCUGGCAGUGUUGAGCCGGGGCACAGAGCUCUCCGUGGACCUCACUGCCACUGAACCCUCCCUUUCUGAAGGGGACACCUUGCAGCUCAGCUGUGUGCUGGAAGCCCCAAAGAGCAGCAACUUCAAGGUGCUCUGGCUCCUCAAUGGCAUGGAAGUGGCCAGGGUUGAUCCCCACGGGGUGUUGACCUGGGAGGAAGAGUACGAGGAGAGAGCCAGGCUGGGGCAGCUGCGAGCAGUCAAGCCAAGCAACACAGUUUAUGUUUUCACCAUCUCUGAGGUGGGGCUGGAGGACAAGGGCACCUACCAGUGCUCUGUGUCAGAAAUGAAGACUCCUGGAGACUUGCAGAGCAUCCAGACCGUUGUGUCAUCAGGCAUCCAAGUGGACGUGAAGCCGGCAGAGAGCCACCUGCACCUGUCUGUGUCCACCAGCACCCCACGGGUGACAGCAGGAGACCCCCUCACACUGCACUGCGAGGUGCAGGGAGCCACCGGCCCCGUGUCCCUGCGCUGGUGGCACCUGUCCCCGCAGCAGCCGGGGCACAGGGAGCUGGUGGCUGCCAUGGAGCAGGACGGCACCCUGAGCCUGGGCAGCGCCUACCGGGACGGGGGGGCUCGGGGCAGCCUCAGGCUGCAGAAAGAGAGCUCUGGCACCUUCACCCUGGUGAUCCCCAGCACACUGGAUGAGGAUGAUGGUGGGCAGUACCGGUGUGAAGCCACGCAGUGGGCCCGAGGCCGGAACUGGACAGGCAAGGGAGAGGCAGCGGUGACGGUCACCUCCAUGGGUCUGGGUCUGCAGGCCACGCUGAGAAGCCGAAUGGCCACGGUCACUUACGGGCAGAGUUUUGAGCUCUUCUGCCAGGUGUCUGCCAGCUACGCCCUGGAGGAGGUGCCGCUGUCUGUGCGGUGGCGUUUCCAGCCCAGCCUGCCCGCGGGUCCCUUACAGGAGCUGGUGCAGGUCCUUCCCAAUGGCACUGUGCUCUGGAGGUCAGCACAGCCACGCUUCCAGGGCAAAGCCCAGCUGGCCAAGACUGACAGCUCCUUCAGGCUGCACAUCCACAGCGCCUUGCCUGCCAACGAGGGGAUGUACCAGUGUGAGGUGGAGGUCUGGAGGAGGAACGUCCUGCCCCUGGGGCAGCCAGCAGCCAGCACCAGCUCCAAUGCCGUGGGAAUAAGAGUGGUGCUGCCAGAGAGCAAGCUUCAGGUUGAUAUGAAAGACAGCUCUGUGGAAAUUGCCAGUGGUAAUGCAGCCAUUCAGUGCAGGAUUGUGUUUGCCCAGGAAAAUCCACAGUUUGCUGUUACCUGGUACCUCCUGCCUCCUCUGGCAGACACAAAACCCCUGCAAAUCCUCAGGGCCAACCACAGCAGCGUACUGGAGUACGGGUCUGAAUUCAGCUCUCCUGCACAACAGUCCCGCUUCCUGAGCCAGAGGGUGUCCAGCAGCCUAUUCCAGCUGCAGAUCCUGUCUGCAGACCUGGGGGACCAGGGCAGCUACUACUGUGUGGUGGAGGAAUGGCUCUGGCUGGUGGAUGGCUGGUACAAGCUGGGAGAGGGAACAUCGGGAAGGACCACGCUGAAGCUCAAACUCUCAGAGCGCGAGCUGCAGAUGGAGAAAACCAACGGCAGCAUCUCCGCGCGGGAGGGCGAGGAGGCCACGCUGCCCUGCCGGCUGCAGGGAGCCCUCCUGCCCCGCUCACAGCUCUCAGCCACCUGGUUCCAGGUGCAGGGCAGCGGCCGUGACGGCGCCCUGCUGUCCCUGCGGCGCGAUGGCACCGUGCAGUACCCCGAGGGGCGCCUGGCAGCCAGGCUGUUCCUGCGCCGGCCCUCUGCCCGCGACUUCAGCCUGACACUGAGCAGCGUGGAGAGCGGAGAUGCUGGGGCGUAUUACUGCCAGCUGCAGCAAUGGCAGCAGCAGGGCGAGGGCAAGGACUGGUCUGUGCAGGCCUUGGCACGCUCAGGGCACACCCAGCUCGUCACCAUCCCGCCAGAGUCAACUGUUUUGUCUAGGAUCUGCUCAUCCCCACCACUGCUGAACUUAAUCUUAUACCUACCACUGGUUCUGAUCCUUCUGCUGGCCCUUGCUGUCUUCUGCUGGUACUGCAAAUUCAGGAAAAGCAAGAAGAGCAACAUCACUGGAUGGAUGAUGGAACUGGACGGGAAUGAAGAGGCCAAGAAAACUUAGCUGGUCUGUGGACUAGCAGAGCUGGACAGCUGAGGAAGACUGAGUACUUGCAGAGGGGCUUUUUAUUGUUUUGUAGUGGCUCUUGCAAUAAAUCCUUGAAAUUGUGUGUUUGUUUUUGAUAUAAUGAGGCAGCUUUGGAAUUACUAAGCAAAUAGGGUUUGCAUAAUAAGUGUUUCUGUCUUUUAGGUUCCCAUUUCCUGCUCUGUUUGUUGGGGUACAUUUGGAGGCCCUUGCAAUGUGCAUCUUCCACUGUGGAUGGAAGUGGUGUUAUUCCUCUGCAGGAAUAAAGGGAAAACACAGCUCUUUCUGUGCUGUGACACAAAAGUACCACAUUUCUACUCAUUUUAAGUGUCAUGACAAAGCUAUGUGGUAUCCAGGCUAAAAACCAGUGGUAGAACUGGAAGUGGAAUAUUGGUGUCCCAUUUCAGUCAUCGCCCUUGUCUUUGCCCACUCUUUGCUGGGGAAGCUCUUGGACACCUCUGUUUUCACAUCCUGAGAGUGCCCAAAGAGCAUCACCUCUCCAGCAUUAAAUGGGUCUUCAUCAAAACCUGUCACAGGAACAUGAGAGACUGAGCAAGGCUGGCUGGGCCUGAAAAAAGUCCAGAGUAAAGGAAUCACAGCCAUUCACAAAAAACCAAAUUCUGUUGACUCAGUAAAGGACUGACAUGGAGUCUUGGAUCCCAGAAUGAAGAUGUGGACACCAAACCAUCUGGGAGAUGAGCCUACAAAGUUCCAGCUCCCUUCUUUGCUUCUGCUGUAGGAGAAGACAGUGUCCAGCCCCUGGCACCUGGGCUGUCUGUGGGUCAGGAAGCUGCGCAGCUGGCACCUGGUAUUAGACACAUCCAGGUUGUCCCAUGUAAUAAAAAAAAAAUAUGUGUGCUUGUGGGGCAGCUUCUCUAUACCCUGGAGUCCAGGGCUCACCUUUUCAAGGCUGAGGAGCUCUGCUACCUGAUAAAUAGCUGGUAUUGUGCAAAAUGGGAUGUGGUCCCAGCGAGCUGUAAGGUCAGGUAUCAGGGCAACACUCUGAGCACAUUCCUCAGACCAAAGCAGCUUUAUAGAAACCACAGCAGACACUGAGAGACCUGCUUCCUGUGACCACAGAGAGAUCUGGAGACACCACAGCCCCUCUAGAUGACCUGUUUUUUCACUUUGUUUGCAAUUAGGAAAGCUGCCUGACUUUAUCCUGAAGAACUGGCAGGUGCUUCAGUCCCUUGAAAAUGCAGUUUUUGCACACAUCUGCUGCUGUUUCCCUGUUCAGCCACCUCUGUCUGUGCGGGCUGCUUCCAGCUUUGUCAGUCUUUCUCUGCAGGAUGUUUUCUGGGCCCCGUGCAGCUUUUCCCUUUGCUGCCCUGACCCCAGCUGCCUCUCCCGCAGCGUGAGCGCUCAGAGCUGCGUGUGGGGCUCUCUGCAGAGGUUUCCCCCCUGCCUGGUGGGUUAUGUCCCGUUUACACAUCCCAGUGGGAUGUUUGAUUUCCUCUUUGCGUGUGACGGCACGGCGCUGUUUGCGCUUGGCUCGUGACCAUCAGGCUCCUCUCUGCAGAUUUGCUGUCUAGCAGGUUGUGUCUCCACUGUGUGCUCAGGCUGUUGGCUUUUCCUAUCUAACUGCAGCCCUAUUUUCAUGGGGGUGUUGAGCAGCUUUUGGCACCAGUUUGUGGAAGAUGCUGCUGUCUGUCUUAGCCCUGUCUCAGUGAAGCUUUAACUCUUGGGCUGGUUUCCGUCUGUUUGCCAGAGAAGCAGAUGCUCCUGGGAUAUUAAACUCCUACAGGUUUCAUGGAAAGUGGUAAGUGGAUGAAGGAUAGGAGGCAGGCCACCAAGGGAAGGCUGCAGUGUGAGCUGCCCACCUCGUGCCUCGUUUGUGUUUAGGGGAUAUGGAAAGGAGAUGCACAUGUGUAAGGGCAUGGGAAAGGGAGGAAAGAACUGCUUUUCUCUAUCAACUGUUAACAAUAAAUCUAUGCAUGUAGCUUA